AUGGGGCAGAGGCUCUGUCCCACAGUGAGAGCUUGCGCCUCUCGCUUCCAGGUGUGGGUGGCGCUAGGCCGGUUCAGCCGGACCGGGAGUGUGGCCAUCUGGGGCCGUGUGGUAUUUGCCACUCAGGAGUCAUGUCCCUAUGACAUAGCAGUGGUGAGCCUGGAGGAGGACCUGGAUGAUGUCCCCAUCCCUGUGCCCGCUGAGCACUUCUACGAAGGCGAGGCUGUGAGUGUGGUGGGCUUUGGCGUCUUUGGCCAGGCUUGUGGGCCCUCGGUGACCUCAGGCAUCCUUUCGGCUGUGGUGCAGGUGGAUGGCAUGCCCGUGAUGCUGCAGACCACAUGUGCUGUGCACAGCGGCUCCAGUGGGGGACCCCUCUUCUCCAACCACUCAGGAAACCUCCUUGGCAUAAUCACCAGCAACACCCGGGACAAUAACACGGGGGCCACCUAUCCCCACCUGAACUUCAGCAUUCCCAUCACGGUGCUCCAGCCGGCCCUGCAGCAGUACAGCCAGACCCAAGACCUGGGUGGCCUCCGGGAGCUGGACCGCGCUGCUGAGCCGGUCCGGGUGGUGUGGCGGCUGCAGCGGCCCCUGGCAGAGGCCCCGCGGAGCAAGCUCUGAGGCUGUGUUACCUCCUCUGGAAAGAAGAGUGACCUUUUUCUGCUGUAGGAAGUGAUGUUGAGGUGAUGGUGGCCUCAGGAUUCAGGGCCCAGCUCCUGAGGGGGCCUGGGCUGCUUCUCAUCUUCACCCACUGCCUGCAGUCUGGGCUUUGGGCUCUGGGGCCAACUUAUCUUCAGCCCCAUGGGAAGAGCCCGUUUUGGGGUGCUUUCUUGAAACCCCAGUUCUCUGUCCCCUAGCACUAGACUCAGCUGUAUUGUUUUUCCUUCUGGGGAGCCCACUUCAACUGCACAGAGGUUCUGGGCCUGACAGGUAGAUGCCAGCUGGAAGGCAGGCCUGUGCCUGGUUUUGCGUCUGUUCCCCUGAGGGCCACCGUCGUCCUGGAGCUUCACUGGGGCCUUGGCUCCUGUCUGCCUGUCAGUCAGGUCAGGGCUGACAGAGGACUCUGAUUCCUUAGCAUAUCUCAGCAGAAACCUUGCUCUCAAGAACAGAGACAGAAAGGACAGAAACAGGAGUGCCUCCUGUUGUGCCAGGCCCGUGGGCAGUACAGGCAGAUCCCUGAAGGUCAGUACUCCUGGGUCUUUAUAUGCCAACAGGGGCACUCUGACACUGUGCCUUCAUUUUCCAGCCCACAGCCUGUGUCUCAGGGACCUUGAGAAGUGGAACAUAUCUGGUUGGGGCUUGGGAAUAAACAUGAUCUAUUGAAAAACCUCUAUUUAUA